AUCUCCCGAAGACAUUUUUGUUUGUGUUACAGUGAGGUUUUUUAUAAAAUUCCUGCAGCUACAUUUUAACUGAUUUCAACAUUCGUUUUAAGAACUACUACAUUAAAUGACGAGUGAUACUGAAUACUAACUAGGAAAUACAGAAUAGUUCUCUACAAUGACUUGUUCAUAAUAAACUGACAACCGCUGAGAAACUACACAGACAGUCUUCAAUAUGGCAUAAUGAUAAUGGCAAGCAUGGUACAAGUCAGUGUAACUUCAAGAUGGAGUUUCACGCAUUUAUUUAUGUUUUUUCUGUGGAUGUGUGCCUUUUUACAUGGAGGUAAUGCACUUGUCCCUGUGGCUACAGCACAGAAGGGCUUUGUACCAAGUUUCGCUUGGUUUGAUGGAACCCCCAAUACGACAGCAGUUCAAGAGAAACCGCAGCAUCAGCAGCAAAAAGAGAGUAUUAAUGUAGCAUAUCAAAAUCAUUACUUACAACAUCUGAGCCCCCAGCUGUCCUCGACAAGUCCGUGGGCACCGUCGACAUCAUCGCCACCGCCACAUUACUCAGUUGCUGUGAGCAUGCAGCGGCCUGAUCUCUUGAUUCUGCUGUGCCAAGUGCAGGAACCACUGGAGCAUAUCUCAUGGUUGUGGUACCCAUGUCCUAACCGCGAUUCAUCCGAUGAUGGAAUCCUAAUAGCUGAUGGUACAACAGUUUCCAAUGCUUCAUUAUAUGCGGUCAGAAUAAUAGGAGAGAAUGGUGUAUUCAUCUCAGAACUCCACAUUCUUCAGAAUCCAUUACAGCCAGGUAUCGCCGGGCUCUACCGCUGUGAAGCUUGGCCCCAUGGUGCUGGUAAAGACAGUGCUAAUUAUCAGGCCAGCUCAACAUACCAUGAUGAAUUCGUAAUUGGUGGUCACUUCAUGAUAAAUAGUUGUUUCUAUGAUCCUCACAAACACAAAUAUUAUCAUCAACAUUACGGACCAAGUACUUAUAACCACAAGUUGCAAAAAAGCUACCGAACUCCUAGAACAGAAGGAGCUAACGAUGUUACCGCAAACAUUAUAGAUGGUCGCAGUGAAGUGAACAGAUCACAGAUGACUAGAAAUAAAUUAACUGAUGUGUUAUGAGAAAUCGUAUCAUAGACAGUGACAGAGUAUAAUUUGCAGAAAAUAGGAAGAUGAUCGUCUGCGCAGUUAAAACAUACAAAUAUGAAAAAUAAUUACAACAUAUAAAAUGUAUAAUCAUCUUUAUCACCAUCAUCAUCAGUAUAUAUCAGGCUAAAGGUCAGUUAUGUUUGCAUUCUGUGAUAAUAAUAUACGUUUUGUUUAAAAAUGAGUUACAUUUAUUUAAUGAAUUUAUACAGGAAAAUGGAAAGAAUGUGGAUUUUCUCAAAAGUAAACAUGUUUGUCACAUUAUGACAGAUGAUGAUGAUGAUGAUAAGGGCCUUCCCUCCCACUCACACACACACAUAAUGUAACCUUGAACUGUUAACAUCAAGGUUAAGUUGCUUGUGGAGGACACAAGUAAUGUUCCACGUAAACUAAUAUGUUCUAGAUUAUCAUCAUUGGAUUGAUGUUACUACCCUAUGACCUAACUGUAAUGAGAAAUCUUUUAUAUUAACAGGAAAAUGAAAAUGUUUGUCAUGGUAAAUCUUAAAUGUGUACAUUGUACAAAGUACAAAAAUUAAACCAUUU